UACGGUACUGUCUCUCUCUCUCCUAUCUCUCUCUCUUUCCUCAUGGAUCGAGUUCAGCUGCUUCUUGUAGGUUUACCUCUUUUCCUCUUCUGCUCUGACGUCAUUAACCUCUUCGCACCACCGCCUCCCAAACCCGCCCACCACCACCACGAACACCACCAAACACGACCCCAACCAGUUAUUCAACAAACCCUAGAUUUCCCUACUCAGAAAUCAAAUCCAAUCGGAGGAAUUGGAGUCCGCAACACCGUCAAUAUCAACUACUGCUCUUCUUGUUCUUACAGAGGAAAUGCAGCAACAAUGAAAAAUAUGCUGGAAACAUCAUUUCCUGAUGUUGAUGUUAUUCUUGCAAAUUAUCCUCCUCCACUUCCAAAACGCUUGUUGAGCAAAGUAGUGCCUGUUGUGCAAUUUGGAGUUAUUGGUAUUGUAAUGGCCGGUGAACAAAUUUUUCCAAGGUUGGGAUAUAUGGCACCACCUCCUUGGUACUACUCCUUGCGUGCGAAUAGAUUUGGAACCAUUUCAAGCACAUGGCUUCUUGGAAAUUUCCUUCAAUCCUUCCUGCAAAGCUCUGGAGCUUUUGAAGUCUACUGCAAUGGUGAAUUGGUUUUCUCUAAGCUGAAGGAGCAUAGGUUCCCAGGUGAAAUCGAGUUGAAGGAACUUGUUGGUAGUAAGAUUGUUGGCUCAAGAAUUGUAAAUGGUGUUGGAGGAGGAGCUCUCUGGACCUAGUGCUGCCUGAUAAAGGAGGAGAAGAUGGGACUUCUAAGUUAUAUAACUGGUUCUCAUAGUUAAAAGUAGCGAAAAACUCGCCGAUACCACAUCAAGAAGUUUUAGAAGGAAUGCCUGUUUUACGAUAAAGCAGUGAGUAGGUAUACCAAAUGAAAAGAGUGGGGUGCUACUCUCUUUAUGCUUGUGAACUCUAUUUCCCUUCAUCGGCAAGGAAAGGCGAGGCAAUUAACUUUGGGAAAUAUGGUUUUUAAACCUAUCCAACAUAUGUUUUUACAAUUUCUUGUAUGUUUGUUACUUUACUUCUUCCUGGUAGAUGAAUAUGUGGUUAGAGUGCUUCAUUGACUGGCAUAAUCUCAAUCAUGGCUUCGUUUUUCACUCAUAAA